CCCGCCAUUGCUUUACGAUCGCGUCGCUUCAUAAGUAAUAUUCUGUUGUGUUUUGGAGUUAUUCCAUUCAUCCUAUUCUUGUCCAUUCUUAUCUUUCGUUGGAAUUGACGGAGAAAGAGGAAAAUAUUUACGUAAUAUAUUGAAAUAUUUGUGAAGCGUCAUGGGUUGCGACGGUGGCACUAUUCCUCGCAGAGACGAGCUCGUUAGGAUGAAAAGAAAACCGGAACAGAAAGAUAAGGAAGCAGAAUUAGCUUUUAAGUGGAAGCACUGUACAAUACGGCAAUUACCACUGCAACCACCAAUCGUGAGCUGUAGCUUAGGUCGCCUGUACAGUAAAGAAGCUGUGUUGGAAGGUCUUUUGGAUCGAAAUACUCUUCCGGAAUCUGCCGUACAUAUUAAGAACUUGAAGGAUGUAAGGAAUCUCAAUUUAACAUCAAAUCCAGCAUUUGAUGGUGAUAAAGCUGAAAAAGGAGACAGUUACAACAAUGGAGGCAAAAGUCCAUAUAUUUGUCCAGUCAUUGGUUUGGAAAUGAACGGAAAAUAUAAAUUCUGUUUCUUAUGGUCAUGCGGCUGUGUAAUGAGUGAACGUGCCCUCAAAGAAGUAAAGAGUACAUUGUGUCACAAAUGUCAACAACCGUUUGAAGAGACAGACAUAGUCAUAUUAAAUGCAGAAGGAGAUGAUGUGGACCUCAUGAAGGAGCGAGCGGUGCUCAGAAAAGCUAGUCAAAAAAGGGCAAAGAAGAAGAAGUUAGAGGAUGAUUCUGUCUCAACAGAAGAAAAGAAGACCGAUGAAUUGUCCAAGAGGAAGAUAAAGAAGGAGGAUAAAGCAAUUCCUAAAUUGAACAAUAAUCACAAGGAGGCCGAUGAUCCUGCUUAUAAAAAAGCUAAAAGUGAUUACAGCGUUGCGAAAGAUCCUAAAGCGUCGGAAGUCUUCAAAAGCAUUUUUACUUCUCAUAAAUCUGCAACAGAGCAAGACAGAGCACAUUGGGUUACUUAUAAUCCAUUUUAUAAUUAAUGUAU